AUGGCUUUCACGUCGGGAUCAAACGUACUGUUGAAAAACAUCCCAUAUCAAUUCAAGGAUGUGUCCCUACUUGAUAACAGAGCCUACAUUGAAGGUAAAUGGUUGCCGGCCGAGUCCGGAGCUACUUUUCCAGUCUUUGAUCCUGAAGACAACGUGGUCAUCUUUCGCGUUGCCAAUCUUACCGGUGUGGAGGUUCAUAAAGCUAUUGAUGCGGCGCAAACUGCCUUUCUCACCUAUAAAGAGUUUAGUCAUCGGAAGCGAAGGCAACUUUUACAUCAAUGGAUUACCGUUGUAAAGGAAAACCGAGACGAUUUGGCUGCCAUCUGCACACUCGAAUUGGGCAAACCGAUCACCGAGUCAUACGUCACUGUUGACUAUGGCCUGAGCUUCUUGGAGUGGUUUGAGGGGGAGAUUGAAGAAUUUUUACAACUCGAGAGCCCCAGGGAGUGGUGGCUGCCAUUACGCCUUGGAAUUCCCCUAUAG